AUGGAGAGGUUUUUAUGGAGUCAGGUGGACCACAGGAGCGACGGCAUUAAUGCAGAAACAGGAGACAAGAGCCUCCAAGCAGGCCCCUUAGCACAUACAGGGGUAUCAGAACCUUCGUAUGCUCCAGGUUCUCCUACAACGUGGGAGACCUACACAGCGGUGCAUGAUACAACCCUAAGUUCACAGGUUUCCAGUGACUCCUCAGAAGAUGCGGAUAGCUGGGGGCGUGCGCAGAAGGGGAACGAGGGCGGGGGCCCCAAACAUACCAUAGAAGAGGUGGGGGGCCCCGAGGCAGUGGUAGAAAAAGUCGGUGGUGACACCGAGGCAGAGGUAGUAGUGACACCUGAGGGGGACCGCGAGGCAGCGGUAGUAGAACUUGGGGGGGCUUCCAAGAGGCCAAGCGGAAAAAGGAUUUCUCUUCGUUGGAGUCUGUCUUUGAUUGCAUUUGUGACGCUCUUGGUUGGCUUAAUGACGUUCAAAAAACAGCAGGCUCAGCUCCCAACAGGGCAUAAAGAAGAAGCAGCAGCAGCAUUAGUAGCAGCAGCAAAAGCUGCAGCUGUAGGAAAGAGGAGGGACCGAAGUAGUUUAUUCACAUCCCAGCACAGUUCAUAUGAUCCUAAACGCAGGAAAGGAAAGAAGACAGAGAAAGGUGGUGGUGUGGAUGCAAACACAAAGGAUCUAUUUGAUAAGGAAACGGAAGAAGCGCUUAUGUCUACGUUAGAUGAACUUGAACGAAUAUUGCAAGAGGAGGAAACAGAUUUUAGCUCGCCGUAG